AUGGGGUUUCUGUAUUAUGCCAUAAGUCUACCAAAGGUUAUAACCAUAACAUUCUUCUUCAACAUAUUAAGCCAAGUGAGAUUCUUAAUUAUUGGGGCACUAACUCGUCUGGGUCUGUACAAACCGCCGCCGGAGGAAGAGACAGACACCGACAAUUCGAACAAUUAUAUUCUCAUAUUAGACGGAUUAUCCCCAUCUCUGGUUCCAGUCCCUGUUCACGUGGUCACAGCAGCCAUUAAGAAAAGAGUUCCUGUUGUGAAUUACCGUGAUUUUCUGCUAGGGCUGGAUGAAGAUGAAGACGAAAAUGGGGUAAAGGUAUGCACGAUUUGCUUAGAGCGUGUAGAAUCAAGGCAUGAGAUUAGAGAGCUCUGUAACUGCAACCAUGUAUUCCAUCGAGAGUGUUUAGAUACAUGGAUUGAUGAGGGUCAAGUCACUUGCCCUUUGUGUAGAUCUAUGCUGCUUCCUCCUAGAACUAGAACUAAUCAUCUAUGA